AUGGAUAGCACUGCUUUUGAUCCCCAGACGGGUUCUCCGGACCUGGACCUGGAACGCAACGAGGAUGUCGGACGCCACUUUUUGACGAAUGGCUCUGUGUCGCGGUUCUCGUGGACUGGGCUGAACGUUACUGUGAAGGAUCGGCAGAGCAAAGAACCGCGGGAUCUGAUCCAUGAUAUUAAUGGUGAUGUGCGGCAGGGAGAGCUGGUCGCCCUGAUGGGUCCGUCUGGGUGUGGAAAGACGACGUUGCUCAAUGUGCUGGCUCGUCGGCCUGCUACCUCCAACGCGAAGGUGACUGGGGAAACCUAUGUUAAUGGAGCCACGAUUGAAUCCGGUGCGUUUGGUCGGAUGACUUCGUACGUUGAGCAGGAGGAUGCAUUGAUCGGGUCGAUGACUGUACGGGAGACAUUGAAGUUUGCGGCCGACCUAUCGUUGCCUAGUUCUGUGUCAAAGCGUCAGCGGAUGGAGCGGAUCCGUACUUUGCUCGAGGCAUUUGGGAUUCAAAAACAGACAGACUCACUCAUUGGGACUCCGAUUCGAAAGGGGAUAAGCGGGGGGCAGAAGAGACGUGUUAGCGUGGCGAGUCAGUUGAUCACAUGUCCCAAGAUUUUGUUCUUGGAUGAACCGACCAGUGGCUUGGAUUCGACUGCGAGUUUUGAAGUCAUCUCCUAUGUGAGGAAAUUGGCGAGGGAAAGCAAUAUCAUAAUCAUCGCCAGUAUCCACCAACCCUCGACGACGACAUUCCAGCUGUUCGAUAAGCUACUUCUCCUUUCGGCCGGGCGGACAUGUUUCUUCGGUCCUGUUUCAAAUGUCGGGGAGUACUUCCGAGACAUUGGGCAUUCCAUCCCGGGCAACACCAACCCGGCGGAGUUUCUUCUCGACCUCGUGAGCUCGGAUUUCAGCGCGUUAACCGACGAUGCGGAUACUAGAGUACAGCAGAUUCAGUCUGCCUGGGCGGAGUCAACAGAGGCACAGAGCGUGACUGCUAAGACAUCGGAGAGGUUGCAGCUUUCAGAGAAGGAUGUGGACGCCGCUGGGGAUCAGCUGGCUGGUGCCGGAGCUCUCAAGAUCAUUGCGACUCUGCUCCAUCGGUCGUUCAUCAAGAGCUACCGAGAUGUGGUUGCCUAUGGGAUUCGCAUUGUGAUGUACCUUGGUCUCGCAAUCAUGAUGGGGACAGUGUGGCUACGCUUACAUCCAUCCCAGGACUAUAUCCAGCCAUUUAUCAACGCCAUUUUCUUCGGAUCCGCUUUCAUGUCUUUCAUGGCUGUAGCGUACGUGCCAGCCUUCUUGGAGGACCGAGCGACUUUUGCCAAAGAAAGAGCCAACGGACUUUACGGAGCCACACCGUUCAUGAUCUCGAACUUCCUGAUCGGACUCCCCUUCUUGUUUUUGAUCUCCGUCCUCUUCUCAAUCAUCUCGUACUGGCUGUCGAAUUUCCAACCCACAGCCUCCGCCUUCUUCACCUGGGUAAUGUGGCUCUUCCUUGAUCUCUUGGCUGCCGAAUCCCUCGUCGUUUUCGUCACUGCGAUCUUCCCCAACUUCGUCAUCUCCCUCGCGCUAGUGGCCUUUGCGAACGGACUCUGGAUGAGCGUGGGUGGGUUCUUGGUGACACCGACGAUCCUCAAUCCAUUCUGGAGAUAUGUGUUUCACUACAUCGAUUAUCAGGCCUAUGUCUUCCAGGGAAUGAUGGUCAAUGAAUUCGCUGAACGAACUUACUCGUGUGGCGAUGGAUGUCGGUGUUUGUAUGAUACGGACUUGGCGUCGCAGUGCCAGAUUCGGGGAACUGCCGUUCUAGAGACUUAUGGGUAUGCAACAGGUCGGACAGGGAAAUGGGUUGGCAUUCUCCUUGGAAUUAUUGCUGUAUAUAGGCUCUUUGGCUUGAUUGCGCUGCAUUUGCGUAGGACUUGA